AUGUCCGCACGUGCUCUGCUUAAACAGCAUUUUAAGCUUAAAAACAAGCUUCCCACUCGCUGCUUUUCCAGCACCCGACCCACCAAUGCGGACUUCACCCAUGCGGUAAUUGGCGCAGGCGUUGUCGGCCUCGCGACCGCGCGGCAACUCGCAGCUCGCGAAGGUACCUCAACCAUUCUACUAGAGCGACAUGACGCACCAGGGACAGAGACGAGCAGUCGCAACUCCGAGGUAAUCCACGCAGGCCUCUAUUACCCAGCAACCUCUCUCAAAACCCACCUCUGCAUCCGCGGCCGCAACCUCCUCUACGACCUCUGCGCGCAAAACAACAUCCCCCACCGCAACACGAAGAAAUGGAUUGUGGCACAAACCCCGACGCAAUGGGAAGCCUGUCUGAAAAUACACGCACACGCACAAGGACUAGGCGACGCGCCGACACGGCUAGUGGGACGUGACGAAGCGCAACAGCGCGAACCAGACGUCAAGGCAGACGCAGGCAUCGUCGAGAGCGAAACAUCCGGAAUUGUGGACAGCCACUCUCUGAUGACCUAUCUGCAGGGUGACUUUGAGGACCGCGGCGGCGAUAUUGCGUUCAAGACGCGCGUGACAAGCGUGGAGGCUAUCGACGGCGGCCGCGGCGGGUAUAAGAUUACCGCUGUCUCGGAUGAGGAUGGCUCUGUUACUUCCAUUACCGCCGAGACACUGGUUAAUAGUGCUGGCCAUGGCGCCUGCGAUAUCAGUAACAUGCUCCUCCCGCAGGAGCGCCAUUUUGUUCCGCAUUAUGCUAAGGGCACGUACUUCUCGUAUGCGGCGUCCAGGCCUAGGACUUCGGUUUUGGUUUAUCCGGCGACUUUGCCCGGUACUGGUGGGCUGGGUACGCAUCUGACGCUUGAUAUGGGCGGGCGGGUUCGCUUUGGGCCGGAUGUUGAGUGGGUGGGUAGUCCUGAUGAUUUGGUGCCGAGCGCUGCGCGUUUGGAGCGGGCCUUGCCGGAGAUCAAGGCUUAUCUGCCUGGUGUCGAUAUCGAUGCUAUUGCGUUGGAUUACUGCGGUAUUCGCCCUAAAUUGGGGAGGGGCGGUGCUGUCAAUGAGGGUAAGGGGUUCCAGGACUUUAUCAUUCGAGAGGAAAAGGAUCUGCCUGGAUUUGUCAAUUUGUUGGGGAUUGAGAGCCCGGGCUUGACGAGUUGUUUGGCAAUUGGUGAGAUGGUUAAUGGUAUCUUGUACCGUUAG